AUGGCCGAUGCUGCCUGUGAAAACUUAGAAGAAUGUUGUCUCUCUCUCAGAUGGACAAUGGACUAUAUCGUGGAAUAUGACUAUGAUGCAGUGCAUGAUGAUGAGUUAACGAUCCGAGUUGGGGAAAUCAUCAGGAAUGUGAAAAAACUGGAAGAAGAAGGAUGGCUAGAAGGGGAGCUAAAUGGCAAAAGGGGCAUGUUCCCUGACAACUUUGUGAAGGAAGUUAAGAAGGAUGUAGAGCCCAAGGAUGAUGCCGUACCAGUCAGGAGGGAGAAAUCUGGCAAUGUAGCCAGCCUUGUGCAGCGUAUGAGCAGCUAUGGGCUUCCGGCAGGAGGAUUUCAGCCUCAUCCCCCAUCCAAAAGCUUCAAGAAGAGGUCCAAGAAACGUCAGUGCAAAGUGCUCUUCGAAUACAUCCCGCAGAACGAGGAUGAGCUGGAACUCAGGCUGGGGGAUGUGAUUGACAUCAAUGAAGAGGUAGAAGAAGGCUGGUGGAGUGGAACACUGAAUGGCAAAGCAGGGUUGUUUCCUUCAAACUUUGUGAAAGAAUUGGAAUUGACAGAUGAUGGAGAAACACAGGACACUCUGGAUGACACAGAGUCUGUUUUCAGUGGUCCUACCUCACCUGUGGUCUCUCCAGGAAAUGGGAGUGAACCUGGAUCUGGACCAGCACAGCCAAAGAAAAUCCGAGGUAUUGGGUUUGGAGAUAUCUUUAAAGAAGGCUCAGUGAAACUUAAGACAAGAUUAUCCAGUAAUGAAUCAGAAGAUAAAAAGCAAGAUAAGCCAUCACCUAACCAUCCCCCUGGAACAAAGCUAAUUCAUUUUCCCAGUACAACAAAAGCUGAAAGCUCGUUAGAAGUAGUAAAAUCAGAAGCUGAAAGUAAACCAAAAGCCAAGGAAUAUUGCAGGACAAUAUUUUCCUAUGAAGGCUCAAAUGAUGAACUCAGCUUUAAAGAAGGCGAGAUCAUUCAAAUAAUCAGUAAGGACACUGGAGAGCCAGGCUGGUGGAAAGGAGAACUCAAUGGUAAAGAAGGAGUCUUCCCAGAUAACUUUGCUAUUCAAAUACAAGAGUCUGAUAAAGACUUCCCUAAGCCAAAGAAACCUCCACCUCCAGUUAAAACUCCAGCUCCAAAGCCUGAAUUGCCAACUGGAGAGAAGAAGUUCCCUUCUUUGAGGCCUGAAGAAAAAGAUGAAAAAGGAGCUUUGGAUCAGAAGCCUUUGAAGCCACAGGCUCCUCAAGUACCACCUAAGAAGCCUAUUCCUCCAAGCAAGACUAACAGCUUACUGAGAGCAGGGCUUCUGCACCCAAAACGUCCAGAUAAACCUGUUUUGCCAUCAUCUGUAUCCAAAUCUAAUGGAGAAAUUGUUUCUCUUCGACCAAAAUCUGAAGUUGAGCCAGUAGCAAAACCAAAGUUAGACUCUGAACCAUUACCACUUAGACCAAAAUCAGUAGAGGUAGAUUCACUUGUGGUAAAGAGCUCUAAAGAAUCAGGUCUGUUAAGCUUUGAUGAUGUAAUAGCUACCUCAGAUAAUCUAUCGCACCCUACUGCAAACCGACCCAAGAUGCCUGGUAGGAGGUUGCCUUCACGUUUCCAUAGCAGUAGUCCUGCAAGUCAAAACGUGAGUCCAGAAAAAAAUUUGAAGGUGCAGAAAGAAGAAGAAAGUGCCAAACCAAAGUCAGUUGAAACAAAAAAGCCGUCUCCAUUCAGUCCACCAAUUCCAUCUUCAUCUCAGAGACCAAGUUCUGUUAUACUCAACUUUUUUCCUGGAGACAUCCAAUUUAAAGGAGAAACAGAUGAUGAAAAAAUUUCUGUGGAAGAGCUCAGGACUCAGAUUAAUGAUUUGAUUGGUUUAGUAGACACACUGAAGAAAGAACAUGGGAGACAACUGGAAAAACUAAAGAAGGAUUUGGAAGAAGAGAAGCUGUUGCGAAGUAAUCUGGAGCUUGAAAUAGAAAAAUUGAAGAAAGCAGUGAUGUCUACAUGAGACAGCUAUGGACUCAAUGUUUUUAACUCACCAGGAAUUCAAAGCUGAACACAAGGAGAACUGACUCUUAUUUCAUAAUAAUGGAUGCUGGUGUUCUACAGUCUUAAAGAAAAAAAAUAUAGUGUAAAAAAAAAAAAAAAAAAAAAAAAGGAAUAUAGUCUUCUAUUCAGAGAGA